AUGUCGGCUGAAAAUAGCCAAUCACCUGGAGCAUCCCCUCCCACCACUUCCCAUCAUUCCACACAGAUUUUGUCUUCAGAGGAAGAGGAGGUUGAAGCAGUAGUAGAUGAAGAGAACUUGCAGGAUGCCUCUCCAUCUCCAGAAGAAGAAGAGUCUUUCGAGGAGGAAGAGUAUCUGCAGGAGGAUGAAUACCUAUAUGAGGAAAAGUAUCUGGAAAGAAAGGACUACCUGUAUGGAAGAUACCUGCAAGAGGGUGAGUAUCUAGACGAGAGGAAGUACUUGGAGAAAGGGAACUAUGUCUUCAUGUUCUGCACGUCUUGUGCAGAGAAGGUCAGGAACACCAUUGAAUGGGGCAAGGUGUGGAGACUGCAGAUUUCACAAUCUCCGUCUCCUUUACCUCUCCCUACCAUUACCUCUCUUGCCCCCACUUCACAGAUGCAGAACCUGGAGUUGGACAGAGGAGAAUUCAAGACGAUGUUUCCACCACAAACCACACAGACUCUUGAUGCAAGGAGCUCCCCCAUGAUGGCCACGCAUUCCCCUGUUCAAGUUGCCUUCAAGUCUCCUCCUUCCACCUCUGAGGUUACCACCGAGUCUUACACUUACUCAUUUCCUUCCUCCUCCAUGAGAGACCAGGACAGUCAGACGGAAUGGACAUAUGAGAAAAAAUUGGAAUAUUCUGUCAGCGAAAUAGAUAAAGAGUAUGAAGAUGGCAUGGAGCCUAUUUCUGACAGGAAUUUGAGGGAUGCUCUAUUAGAGGAAGCUGGCAAGCAGGAAACUGAAGACUUCGAUGUCAGUAUGCUUAGCAGCUCCUACCAGACAGUGUUUAGGAUGAUAAUCAGAGAGAUGACGGCUCUCAGCGAACUCGAUGAGGAUUUUGACAUUCCCCUGACCAGGCUGCUGGAAAGCCAAAACAAAAAGAAGCUGAGAAUGCUACUGAAGAAAAAUUUUGAAAAAUACAAGGAAGCAAUCCUAUGGAUUCUGAGGAGAAGGGAAGGUCAGAGGGCAACAGAAACGUCCACUCUCACAUUUUCCCUGUCGGCUCCAAAAGCAUUUGAGGAGCCUAAGGAAGAAGUCACAGCACAACCUGUUGUUCCUGUUCGUCGUAAGAAACUAGAAGUUGACACAGAAUGGAUAAAGCAGAAGAUACAGGCGCAUCGAGCUGAUGGAAAAAUAGUUCUUUACCCCAACAAGAAAGUCUUCCAAAUUCUCUUUCCUGAUGGGACAGGCCAGAUACACUAUCCAUCAGGAAACCUGGCUCUGCUCAUCUUGUGCACACAAGUCAGUAAGUUCACAUACAUUGUUCUGGAAGACAGCACAGAAACGUGGCUCCGGGCUCUUAUCAACAACUCCGGCAGUGCCACCUUCUAUGAUGAUAACAGAGAUAUCUGGUUGAACCUGAGCAGCAACCUGGGCUACUACUUCCCCAAAGGCAAGCACACAAAGGCUUGGAACUGGUGGAACCUGGGCAUCCACGUGCACACACCCCCCGUCCAGCCCAUAUCCCUGAAAAUCAACCGGUACAUCAAGGUACACAUUAGGAGCCAGGAUAAGAUCAUCUUGCACUUCAUCCACGAACAGAAGCGGAUUUGUUUAAACCUGGGCACCAGGUAUAAGCUCACUACCCCAGAGGUGCUGUGUGAAAUGGGGAAGACAGCCAUCCUGCAGGUGGAACCUGGCCUGAUGGUACGGAAGAUCCAGACCCUCCUGAGAAGGAUGAGUAGGGCCCUGAACUCCCUGCCCGUCCGUGACUUGGAGAAGUUCGCAGAGGCCGCCAGGCUGCUGUUAGAGAAUAAAAAAAAAAAAGAAAUUCUUUCCCAGCUUUGGAUUCUUGCCUUGACUCAGGACACAGACUAUGCUCAAACCUACCUCUGCCCCUUGCUGGCUGUGUGCUCUGCAAGGAGCUUUGUGCCUCGGUGUCUGCAUCCAUACAAUGGGCCUAGAAACCACGCAGGAAAUGUCAUUCCAAUUAUUGUUAGCUUGGCCCUCCCGCUCACACCUGGGUAG